GAAAACAUGUCCUAUAAAAGGCUCAAAGCUGAAAAGUCAAAUACUCAAGGCAGCUCCAUAUCGCAGGACCUCGUCAUUUGUGGUGCAGCGUAUGGAAGAGCCGAUGUCACUGAGAAAAUAAGAACCUUGCGGAAAGAUAAGAAACUCUCCGUUAAAGCCAGCAACGACGUUUUUGGUGACUCUUGGUAUGGUGUGAAAAAAAGCCUUGUAGUUGUUUACAAGUAUGGCAGUAAUAGUGCACUGCUACAGGUUGUCAAGGAGGGUGAAUCCCUAGAAAUUAAUCCCCCGUCUACUGCUGUUAGUAAUGGAAAGAAUCGGCAACAUUAUCUGUCACUGAAAGCAGGUAAGGCCGUAUCUAGAAAGGAUAAAUCUACAUUGAAACUAAAUAUUCUCGGUGCUGCUUAUGGCCUUUCGGAUGUCACCUCAGUUGCUCAAUCCUUCGUGACAGCUAAUCAAAAGUUCGAUGAAGUGGCUUCCAAUGCAGUUUGGGGAGAUGAGUGGCCAGGCACAAAAAAAACUCUUGUUGUUGUGUAUGAAUACGAUGAAAAUUUCAUGCUUGAUAUUGCUGUUGAAGGAGAUCAAAUGCACUUUAUAGCAUCCGCAUCCCCUCCUCUUACCAUUCUUGGUGCUGCAUAUGGGCUGAAAAGCGUCACGGAAAAAGUGAAGGCACUGGUGAAGAAUCGUUCCUUGAAGGCAAUCGCUGAUAAUGAUACAUUUGAAGAUGGUUGGCCAGGAAUUGUGAAAACGUUAGUGAUUGUAUAUCAGUAUGGAGAAGAGCAUCCAUCCAUUACUGUCGUCAAAGAAAACCACUCAUUUGAGUUGCUGUACUCUAAAGGAAACAAUUUUCAAGGUUCAACCAAUCCCAGCACCCUCACGAUCUUGGGAGCUGCAUAUGGGCCAAAGAACGUUACGGAUAAAGUUCAAAGGCUUGCCAAAAACGGCAGUACACCCCAAGUCAAAGCCAGCAAUGCUGUUUUUGGAGAUCCUUGGCGUGGACAGGUAAAAAGCUUGGUCAUUGUGUAUCGGCAUGGUAGCAAAGCACCCCGAAUGCAAAUCGCAGCAGAACACUCAAGUAUUUCUGUGUCAAUUUGUGGGCCACAACAACAUGUUGAUCACACGGACACCUGGAACCUCUUGCAGUAUGAUGAUCCAACUAUCGUGAAUACCCUAACUGCAAUGGGACCGACGAUUGCCAGUGCUCUUUCUCCACCGGGUUCAAGCUCGUCAAACGAAGCUGCGGUGCCUGUCGAACAGGUAUUAAAAUCAUUUUACUGUAACUAUCACCUUAACAAAUUUGCUAUAUCAGUAAUAAACGUCACUAAUAUACUUGCUUUCUGUAGGUAAAAACUGAUGCAAAUAGUGAGGACACAAAGUCGAAGUUUCGCUCAGAAAUCAUAAAACAAAUAAAGGAUUUAUUUGAAUUAAAACAAUUGGAUGCAAUUACCGAAGAAGAAUAUGAAGAGAAAAAGAAAAUAUUAUUAAAAUAUAUAUAAAAUGCAAUGUAAGGCCCGGCUUAUACGAUAGACUUUUCAAGAGCCGAACUUCAUUAACCGAAUUAAAUACAUGAGAAGCACAGUCUCUGAAUCAAAUAAGCGCUGCGUUUUAUAUUAAGCAUUCCUGAAUUAAAAAGUUCACCUAGUUCAGGCGUAGCAAUUGAUACACCGGGCGGAAAUCGUAGUUAUAAAGAUAAAGA